AUGACCUCGGGCAGGUCCCUGGGCGGCGGACGCGUACUGGGGAGCGGCAAGGGUCUGUCGCCUGCCGUGUCCCCGCAGCCGCCUGCCCACCACCGCCGCAAUACGAGUUUGCUGUCGCCCUCGGAGAGCUCCCUGUCGCUGAGCUCUCAGACGUCAAAUAGCCCGGCCAGUACUGCGGAAACGAGAGAAGACAUCGGCAGCAAAGUGCUGCUGGGCACGUCGGAAAAUGCCGCAGCCAGCGCAUCAACCAGGCUGAUGUGCCCCAUCUGCAACGAGGAAAUGGUCACUUUGCUACAGCUGAACCGACAUCUCGACGAUAACCACCAGAACCUGGUAGAGGAAGAGCAAGACGAGGUCAAGAAUUGGUUCGAGCAGCAGGUGGAAAAGGCAAAGAGGUUCCAGCCGCUCGCCGUGUUGAACCAGAAACUCAAGGGCCUGGACGUGUUCGAAUCCAACGAUGCGCCCACUCCGCCGCCGCUUGCCCACGCGACUGGUGCCGUUCCUCCUCCCGAACCCGUCCCAGUCCGCCGAGAUCCUGAUGAGGAGGUCACGCGAGCACACUGGCAGAGGCUUGGCUAUCGGGAUGUAUGCUCAGACCCGACCUGUGGACGGCUCAUCAGCGGGUCGCAGAUGGCUCUGGGGGGGAAUAAUACCGCGGUCCACUGCAGGUGUUGUGGGAAGCUGUUCUGCGAAGAGCAUACAAUGUACCAGAUGAAGUUGUCGCGGCAGGCGAGGCACGAUCCCACCAGAGGCAUUUGGUGCAGGGUAUGCGAAACGUGCUACAAGUCAAGAGCAGGCUACAAUGACCACAACGGGCUGGAGCGCAAUCACUUCGAGGAGUUUGCAAGUAUAAGGCGGAAAAAGGUGGACCGAGAGAACAUGGAGAUCAGCAGGCUAGAGAAGCGGUUGACGAAGCUGACGCAGCUUCUCGCAAAUCCUCCACCGCUAGACGAGAGCGCAACUUCCAGUGGCUUCUGGCCGCUCUCCGGAGCGAAAGCGCAGCGGAAAGCGCUAGAGCAGUCUGUCAUUACAUGGGAGGAAGACGCAAAGGUCUCGCAUUGUCCGUUCUGCCAGCAGGAGUUUACAAACUACACCUUCCGGCGGCACCAUUGCCGUAUGUGCGGGCGCGUGGUAUGCGGUGAUCCGAAGACUGCCUGCUCCUCAGAGGUUGGACUCAAUGUGGCUGCUGAUAUCAACAAAUCAGAGAAGCGUGCAGGCCAGAUAGGCGUCGACAUCCGCAUGUGUAAGGAUUGCCAGCAUACGCUCUUUAGCAAAAGCGACUUUGAACGGGAGCUAGCCCAGCAACCUAACGAUCAGCGAGCCUAUGAAAACUUAGCACAGUUCGAGCGAGGCAUUCGGUUGCUUCUUCCAAGAUUCCAGAAGUUGCUUAUGGCGUUACAAGACCCCGACAAGCCUCCAUCUCACCAGCAGCUCACCGACGCUACCAAAGUACGGAAGAGGUUGAUGGAUGCGUUCGGACAAUUUGACCAGGCCGCGAAGCGAAUACGAGACCUACCGACCGAAUCGCCCACCCAGAAAAAGUUGCAAAAGGCUGUCUACCAGCAAGCUUACAGUUUCUUGAGCACGCAUAUGCUUCCCUUGCGGUCACUCCCGAGGGUUCUCAAACACGCCGCUCCUCAUGGUUCUAAAUCCGGCGGACGUUCUAACGGAGGUGGUGCACUCGCCGCGAUCAAAUUCAACGAUAGAGAAGCAGGGAGCAUUGUCAGUAGCAGUAGCGCAGUAUCUGCGUUAGAAUCAGAAGAGAAGGAGCUCCGAGAAAGAUUGAUUGUGCUCGAGGAACAGAAGUUCAUGGUUUCGGAAAUGGUUGCAGACGCUACGAGACACCGCCGAUUCGACGAAGUGUCGAGCCUGGCGCAGAACGUGGAGGAUUUGAACAAAGAGAUUGACCAGAUCAACGGUCAAUUGGGAUCGCUGGACUUUGCUGGUGCCUACCAGAGAGAAAUGGCCAGCCCGCCGCCGGGUUGA